UCAAUCUCUUGAGGGUUCCUGUGGCCGACAGAAGCUCACGAGAAGUCAACGAGGAGGGACAAAACGAAGCAAGGGAUUCAGAGAUCUGUCGAACUCGGGGCGUCCGCAGUGCACCUGAAUCCUCCCCUCUCCCUCCACGCAGGUCACCUGCCAUGGGGAGCCCGCCGGAGCCCCUGAACCGGCUGAUCCGGUCCUACAUCUACGCCAUCCACGGCUACUUCCUGGAGAAGAUCUUUGCGGCCAUGGUGGGCGACGACAGCCCCUUCCAACGCGCCGGCAGCCCGGGCUCCUUCUUGGUCUACAGCUGCUGCGGCCUGACCAUGGAGUACGUCUACCUGGGCCUGCGGACGGAGUGCUGCCUCCUGACCAGGUGCGUCCUGUACAUUCUGUGCAUCUACUCGUGGGAGUUUGGCACGGGCGGCCUCCUGUCCCUCGUCGGCGCCUGCCCCUGGGACUACAGCGAGUACACCUACCACCUGAUGGGCCUCGUCGCCCUGGAGUACUUCCUCUUCUGGUUCGUGGGCUCCCUGCUGCUGGAGAAGCUGGUGAUCUGCAACACCCUCCGGCUCCUGCUGGCCGAGCCGUGGAAAACCGAGAAGAAACGGAUGCCCCGAUUUGAGCUGAAGGACGACUAGGGUGGCCGGCCUUCCAGGUCUGGUGACCGGAGACCUCCUGGGAUUACGACCG